GAAUCAAGCUUUUGCAGCUGCAGGAGCCUGAAACAGAAACUAGCCUCCACCCCAGAUUUUAUCAAUGAAGAAACUCAGCGCACAGAGCUAAAGUGACUUUGUCCAAGUCGCCCAGGACAGAUUCCGAGAAGUAGCAUUUCAGGAUCAAAAGGUGCCUCCCGAGGCGGGGCCAUGUUCACGUUCAUGGCCUCUGACAGUGAGGAGGAGGUGUGUGAUGAGCGGACGUCCCUCAUGUCGGCCGAGAGCCCCACGCCGCGCUCCUGCCAGGAAGGCAGGCCGGGCCUGGAGGACGGAGAGAGUGCUGCCCAGUGGAGAAGCCAGGACGGCGAGGAGGACCACGAGGAGGACCCCGACCACUAUGUCUGCAGCGGGGUGCCUGGGCGGCCGGCGGGCCUGGAGGAGGAGCUGACCCUCAAGUACGGGGCGAAGCAUGUGAUCAUGCUGUUUGUGCCCGUCACGCUGUGCAUGAUCGUGGUGGUGGCCACCAUUAAGUCCGUGCGCUUCUACACGGAGAAGAAUGGACAGCUCAUCUACACGCCGUUCACCGAGGACACGCCCUCGGUGGGCCAGCGCCUGCUCAACUCCGUGCUCAACACCCUCAUCAUGAUCAGCGUCAUCGUUGUCAUGACCAUCUUCCUGGUCCUGCUCUACAAGUACCGCUGCUACAAGUUUAUCCACGGCUGGUUGAUCAUGUCCUCUCUGAUGUUGCUGUUCCUCUUCACCUAUAUCUAUCUCGGGGAAGUGCUCAAGACCUACAACGUGGCCAUGGACUACCCCACGCUGUUGCUGAUGGUCUGGAACUUCGGGGCAGUGGGCAUGGUGUGCAUCCACUGGAAGGGGCCCCUGGUGCUGCAGCAGGCCUACCUCAUCAUGAUCAGUGCGCUCAUGGCCUUGGUGUUCAUCAAGUACCUCCCAGAGUGGUCCGCCUGGGUCAUCCUGGGUGCCAUCUCUGUGUACGACCUCGUGGCUGUGCUGUGCCCCAAAGGGCCGCUGAGAAUGCUGGUGGAAACAGCCCAGGAAAGAAAUGAGCCCAUAUUUCCUGCCCUGAUAUACUCGUCCGCCAUGGUGUGGACGGUGGGCAUGGCCAAGCUGGACCCCUCCUCCCAGGGAGCCCUUCAGCUCCCCUACGACCCAGAGAUGGAAGAAGACUCCUGUGACAGUUUUGGGGAGUCCUCGUACCCAGAAGUCUUUGAGCCCCCCCUGCCCGGCUACCCAGGGGAGGAGCUGGAGGAAGAGGAGGAAAGGGGUGUGAAGCUCGGCCUUGGAGACUUCAUCUUCUACAGCGUGCUGGUGGGCAAGGCGGCAGCCACGGGCAGCGGAGACUGGAACACCACGCUCGCCUGCUUUGUGGCCAUCCUCAUUGGCUUGUGCCUGACUCUCCUGCUGCUCGCCGUGUUCAAGAAGGCGCUGCCCGCCCUCCCCAUCUCCAUCACGUUCGGGCUCAUCUUCUACUUCUCCACGGACAACCUGGUGCGCCCCUUCAUGGACACUUUGGCCUCCCACCAGCUCUACAUCUGAGGGAGCGGGGGGCGCUGCGGGCGGGAGGCUGUAGGAAAUCGUACCUGGUACAGUCGUAUAGUUUUACACUCUAGUGCCAUAUAUUUUUAAGACUUUUCUUUCCUUAAAAAACGAGAAUAAAAUAUCGUGUUUACUUCGUGAAGAGGAAGAACCGGCUUUUUGGUGCUAGUUGUUUUGUCACCAGACCGUGGCUCACCCCUUCAUGAGCACUCGCUUCACCGACGGGAAACACCGGAAGUGGAUCUGGACGAAUCGAGGAAGACGGAGAAGGCUGCCUGUUCACGCCUCAUAGCCUGGAAUGUUCCGAGAGCCCAGACGAAGGAAGGCGUGCGUACAUUCGGGACUAGGAGGUUGCGCUCAGGACGACACUUAGCACCUGGUCACUCUGGCCGGAGAAGAAAGCUAAUUUUCUCUGCAAGGAAUGUUCCCAGUGCUUCGUCUAUGAUGUCGUCGUUAUUUUAUUACCUUUAGAAACCAAGUCCUAUUCUUGUUACAGCAGUUACUGCUGAGAAGUGGCUUAAUAUUAAUGUCAAUAAAUAGAUGAAUCCUG